AUGGCACGUUGCGGGUUUGUUAGCUGGGGCUUGAUUGUCUCAUGUUUGCUACUUGUCGCAUGUGCAGCCUCCUCAGAAGAUGUAAAGUUUAUGGGCUACUUCAUCAAUGGCCUCACCACUGAGAAGUUGAUGGCCCCCUCUUCCUUCGAUGUUUGGUCAACGACAGGAACCGUCGCAGGCGGAUGUGAAACGGCAAAGCCAACGUGCGAGAUCAAUAUCGGAUGUCAAGAUGGAACUCUGACAAGGACUGAUAAUGUAAAAACUCUUUGCACAGGAUCGCAGGUCUGCCAGACCAUGACAAUUUAUCAGAAUUCCCCUUCCAGCGGACCGACAGUUAAACAUUUCUUUUGCGCAAACGUAUGGCCGGCGAAGACGGUAUAUCGUGACCUCCGCCAGGCAGCGACGACCACAACUUCUUCCGAAUUGGCCCCAUCGUCUUCCGAGUUGGCUCCUUCAUCUGGCAACUUGGCUCCAACGAGUGAGCCAACAGAUACACUUAAUUUCGACACGUUGACCCGGGCGAUCACGACGCAGACGACGUCCACACAAACAAGUGCCACAAGCUCAGUGCCCACGGAAAGUGCGGAUGCAUCCGGCUCUUCCUCAAAGUCCACAGUCGACCAGAAGGCAUGGAUUGCCGGUCCUGUCCUCGGUGGCCUCAUCGUUCUCGCCCUUGUUGCGGGCGGUAUGUUCUGGUGGGGUAGAAGGUCCCGAGGAGGUGGUGAACGUGAAGGAGACAAUACCAGGAACUUCCAGUCGAUCCCCGAGGAGACGAAGUUCGGGUAUCAGCCCCCGUUGUCGUAUGGCGAAACGCCCAUCCCGAUGACGUACCAACCUCAGUCUCAUGUCAGUGAAAUGUCGUCCUCGAGGUCACCGACGGAGCUGGGAGCGAACUCGGCGAUAUAUCAGCCAAAACCCCAACCUCCCACCCAAGUCCAGGAGCUGCCAGCUCAUUAUUAUCGAUAA